CUCCCACCACAGAGUUCUCUAUGCCAUCUACUUAUAGAACAGAUUCGUUUCUCUCUUUUAAAUAAAAGAACCACCUCUUUCUUUUCUUUCAUAUUAUUAAACGCUUCUCUCAAAAUCACUCUUAACAAAAAAUAUGCAUCUUCUCUCAAAAUCUUCCAUCACCACCACCCCUUUCCUCCUCCUUAUUUUCUUCUUCUACUUCUCUUCUAUCUCCUCUGCAUCAUAUUCUGAAACAUGCUCCGGCAUAGUGCCGUUUCAUCAACGCGCCGACACGAUUUCAAUAACCGAUUUCGGCGGUGUUGGAGACGGCAUAACCCUGAACACAAAAGCGUUCAGGGCAGCUAUUUACCGGAUUCAACAUUUAAAAAGACGCGGCGGCACAGUCCUUUAUGUGCCGCCGGGAGUGUUUUUAACUGAGAGCUUCAAUCUUACUAGUCAUAUGACUCUUUAUCUUGCUGCUGGUGCUGUUAUUAAAGCCACACAGAGGUUACGGAAUUGGCCUUUAAUUGCACCCUUACCAUCUUAUGGAAGAGGAAGAGAGCUCCCUGGAGGAAGAUAUAUAAGUUUUAUCCACGGCAAUGGAGUUCGCGAUGUAAUAAUCACAGGUGAGAAUGGGACAAUUGAUGGCCAAGGAGAUGUGUGGUGGAACAUGUGGAGGCAAAGAACUCUUCAAUUUACAAGACCAAACCUUGUUGAAUUUUUGAAUUCAAGAAAUAUUAUUAUUUCAAAUGUCAUUUUCAAGAAUUCUCCCUUCUGGAAUAUACAUCCAGUUUACUGCAGCAAUGUCGUUGUUCGAUAUGUCACAAUUUUGGCGCCUCGUGACUCUCCUAACACUGAUGGAAUUGAUCCAGAUUCAAGUUCAAAUGUCUGCAUAGAGGACUCAUACAUAUCAACAGGAGAUGAUCUUGUGGCUGUAAAGAGUGGAUGGGACGAAUACGGUAUUUCAUACGGUCGUCCUAGUUAUGGCAUCACAAUCCGGCGUCUAACCGGAUCAUCUCCAUUCGCCGGCAUUGCCAUAGGCAGCGAAACAUCAGGCGGAGUACAGAAUGUACUCGCGGAACACAUCAACCUCUUCAACAUGGGAGUUGGUAUCCACAUUAAAACAAACAUUGGAAGAGGAGGACUUAUCAAGAACAUUACAGUGUCUAAUGUGUAUAUAGAAAAUGCAAGACAAGGAAUAAAAAUUGCUGGUGAUGUAGGUGAUCAUCCAGAUGAAAAUUUUAACCCUAAUGCUUUACCAGUUGUGAAAGGAAUCACAAUUAAGAAUGUUUGGGGUAUGAAGGUUUUGCAAGCUGGUUUGAUACAUGGAUUGAGAAAUUCACCUUUUACUGAGCUUUGUUUCUAUGAUAUUAACCUUCAUGGUGAGACAGGAACAUCAGCUAGAUCUUCUCCACCUUGGAAGUGUUCUGAUGUUUUUGGAUUUUCUCAUCAAGUUAGUCCUUAUCCAUGUUCACAGCUUAGCAGCCAAGAAUCUGGAUCAUGUACCAAUAACUCUUGAGCUAUAUAGCACUGACACUUCAUAUUGAAAACGUGUCUGAGUAUCCGACAUCAAAAUGACAUUGACACUUGUGAUUAAAUACAACUACUUUUCCAAAUUAUUACCGAUUUCCUCGUGAUGGUGUCCAUGUCAUAGUUGUGUCUGGGUCAGUGCUUCAUCGCUUCUGAGUCCUGAGCUCUUAACGUAUUGGUAUUGUAGUAAUUAAGAGUUUAUUUUAUUUAUUUGUUAUAAUCAAAGCAAAUGAAUCACCUGCUUUUGUUUUAUAUGAUUUAAUGUGCAAGGAAAUUUAUUUAUUUUA